AUGCCGAGAUCAGUCCAGCACUGGCCAGGGGGAAUCCCCACUUCCAUUCAACCACACUCAGAAGCAGAUUUAUCUCUGGACCAGAUCAAGCAGGAAGUCAAGGGCUGGCUACUUUUUGUACAGGAAAAUUGGGUUUCCGCAGCAAACGCAGGUGCUCCAUCCGAUGGGGACCAUGAAUUAACGCACCGGCGGCAAUUGGUGGAGACGUGGGCUUCAGCUACACAGGAAUUUCGUGAUGCCUACCAAUCGCGUGCGCCUUUAGGCCUUCCAGGCACGGAGGGACCAAGAUUCAAUGAACCCAGCGAAGGCCUUCGAUACCCUGCCGAAGCGUUGGAACGUCUCUAUGACACUCUUCAACCAAUCGAUCUCGGCAGCCUGAUUUCUAUCGCCCCUGUUGACGAAGCCCAUGCUGCGAAUCGCGCGCGAUGGGUGAAAUUCGUCAUCCUGUUGUAUAACUACGAUAUCGAGACUGGGCACUGCUUACUAGGCAAUCACAUGCCAUCGGAGGCUAUCUUCAAUCCCGCAACCACCACAGAUUUUUCAGUAGAGAAUUUUCUACCCUGGCAUGAUCUUGAGACCGCAAACUUUAGGGGUAUGUAUCUUACACGUACUGGCACGGUACUCUAUCUCGGGUAUCCAGGCCCGUAUAUGUUGGCUGAUGAACACGGCCUAAAAACUGGGCGCCUUACAUUAGUCGAGUAUGAAAUGAAUGGGACUGUGAAAGAAUCUCUUUACAUCCGUCCAUUCAAUAUGCAAAUGCCAUACUUGCGUGCUUUUGAGGAUGGGGCUGGUUUUGAUGAUAUCAGCCAUGCUCAGGGUGCUUAUAGAUACCAAAAUUCGCCACUCGACAUGGACCUACCGAUCAUCGACAUUCUCUGUCAGGCCAAGGAAGCUAACCAACUUCCAACAUCAAUGGCCAUAUGUGACCGAGAGCAGUGGACAAGUGAUGUUGAGCUUUAUGCCCCAGGCUACUUGGCUCUCGAGGCCCAAGGGCGCGGGGGCGAGUAUCCCUUAACCAGUCUCACUGCUCCUAUCGGGGGAGUUAAAAAGGAGGUUUUGAACCGGGUGCAUGACCCGAGGUUUACAUUCAUUGCUCCAGGAACAUUUCCAUAA